AUGCACAGACUUCCUUUCUUUAUCUUCCUCUCCGUUUUUUCUCUCGUCUACGCCGAGUCCGUUCACUGGCGUGAGUAUUAUUUCUAAAAUGACUAUCACUUAGGCGCCAGUCAGUAAGAAAGUGUUUAAAGUUCUGAUGAAGUUCCCAGAGAGAAAAACAAAUUAUGCGAACUGUUUGAAAUGCUUAAGACUGGGAAACAUUAUUUCUAUCGACGCUGGUUCGAUAAAUGACAAAAUCUUUAUCCCAGAAUGGCGCGAGCUGGUGUGCAAAACGAAAGAAGGCGACGACGGAAAGCACGCCUCAACGUGCGAGUUGCAGCUCAAGGAGCACGAGAACGACGAGCAGCCGAGGACUGUUCCCUUCAACACGUGUUUUGAGGUAGCUCUGGCUUUUCGAACAACUUUUUUUUUGUUUUAGUCACAUAUGGGCGGUCAACAAGAACUUUUAAAGCUAUAACGAACAACCCUCUUUGGCAAACUUGAUGUCCAAACGUGUAGUCGAAAGAACUGAAAGCAAGAUCUUACACCAUUAACCUCUCUCUCUUCUGCGCGUAGUCCAUUCAGUUGCUCCUUGACCAGCUCAGAAUGUAGCAGGGUUUUGAAGCUGAAGAACAGAAAUUUCAAUCUAAAAACCGUCUCCGUUGCAGGAAACUACAGACGGAGAAGUACGCAACUACUGCGACAUUCUGUGCCCCGGAGCUGACACGGCCUAUAGGUACUUUUCAAUAGUUUCUCAUGUUAUAGUAAUUUUCCUCAAGAAUCACUCGCUACCCUCAGCAACACAAAAGUUGCUACACUCACAUCACGUAUCGCCUGCAGCGUCGCGAGGAAAACUUCUACAUGUGGCGCAGUGGAAAGUUCGUUUUCUCUAAGAACUUCUCCUCAAACCCUUGGAUUUCAAGGUGCCGAACAUCUGAUAUCGCUUUCACAAUCCGUUGUGAGUUCGCCUCAGCUCGUGCCGAUUUCGCUUCGGAUGAAGAGCUUUUCCGCGCCGCACGACGACUGCAAUAA